AUGUACGUGAGCUACCUCCUGGAGAAGGACGGGCCCAUGUACCCCGGCCCGGUGCGACACUCGGGGGGGCUCAACCUGGCGGCGCAGAACUUCGUGGGCGCCCCGCAGUACGCGGACUACGGCGGCUACCAUGUGAACCUCGACAGCGCCCAGUCCCCCGGCCCGGCCUGGCCCGCGCCCUACGCCGCCCCGCUCCGCGACGACUGGGGCGCCUACGGCCAAGGGGCGCCGCCGGCCGCCGGCGCCGUCCACGGCCUCAACGGCGGCUCCCCCGCCGCCGCCAUGGCCUACAGCCCCGCCGACUACCACCACCACCACCACCACCCGCACGCCCACCACCACGCCGGCCCCGCGCCCCACUGCUCCGCCGGGGUCAUGCAGCCCCUCAACGCCGCCAACGCCGCCGCCGCCGCCGCCCCGGAGCCGCUGUCCCCCGGCGGGCAGCGCCGCGGCCUCUGCGAGUGGAUGAGGAAGCCGACGCAGCCCCCGCUCAGCAGCCAGGUUAAAACCAGGACGAAAGACAAGUACCGCGUCGUGUACACCGACCACCAGCGGCUGGAGCUGGAGAAGGAGUUUCACUACAGCCGCUACAUCACCAUCCGGAGGAAAGCGGAGCUGGCCUCCAACCUGGGGCUGUCGGAGAGGCAGGUGAAAAUCUGGUUCCAGAACAGGCGGGCGAAGGAGAGGAAGAUCAACAAGAAGAAGCUGCAGCAGGCCCAGCCCGGCGGCGCGGAGCCGCUCAGCCCCGGCGCCCCGCUGCAGGGUCCCGCCGCCGGGGCGGCCGCCGCCGGGCUGGGCCCCGCCGUCCCCCAGUGA